UCGCCGUCCAGUCGUGAACCUCUCACCUUGCCAUCACACCAGUGAAAGCCUCUCAUACAUCCUUCAGAUCCCUCAACACCUUCCCAACCCCUGCUCCACUUCACUCAGUCACUCGGUGUCUCCUUUUGUGCCUCUCUCGUCGGCUUUCUCCAGCAAGCCAGACAUCGGCUGGUCCGGUGGCGAGGUACGGCCUCCUCUCACUAAGCGGCUAUGUCCUCGAAUGCAGAUCGCAAUUCAUCCCGAGGCGUGGCAGACACCAGUGGCUCUCAUCCAAGCCGAUCCUCCUCGUCUAUCGCCUCCUCAUCCCGACUGCCACCUCUCUCACCUGAGCCAGAGCCUACGACGGACAAGAAGCGUCACCGAGAAAGUGGGACACCAGAGGAGAGCUCGUACGGGUCUGAGCAGAGCUCUUCGCAGAGGCAGCGUCUGAACGAUGGUUCCCGUAGAAACAGAAGCACCGUCACGGAGGCCAGUGCUGCCGCAAGGGCUGACAACAUCCCUCAGGCAGAUGCCCACACUAGCGUCGGCUCUUCGAGCUCUGGACAGCAACCCUACCUUUCCUACCUUCCGCCGGCAAAUCCCCCAUCCCUACCACUGAGUCCCAAUCCGCCAUCGCAAUCAUCCAGCACUUCACCGCCGCGGGUACGGCGUCCACCGGUAUCACAGUCGGCUUGGUCGGCUCUGCGAGAGCGGAUGGGCUCAUCUUCGUCAACAUUGUACGCAAGUCGGCCCUCGUUACCUCUUUCUGGUGCUGAACGCGUGUUGCCCUCGCCCGAUGUUCCUGGACAGAGCACCCGACAAGAGACGGACGCCUUUCCUCGUUCCCCUGGAAUACCUGUUGAUCACUCGGCUGCAAGAAGCUCUACCGAUCCUGUUGUCGCGGGCAAUCCACCCCGACCGGCGACUCAGCCGUCCUCUUCACGCUGGGGACCUGGUGCUGUUGUCGGAGCUCUCAUGUCCGAUAUCUUAGGUUUCACCGCCAGAACUGGCAACGCCUUGCCUGGUCCUGGCCCACACGCUAGACCUGCGCAGGUAAACCCCGGCACAAGCACAACAAGUACAUCAGCGCCUGCUCCUGUUCCUCGGCCCCCAGUCCGGCCGCCAUACCAUCGCGGCUGGCCUACCAUGGCCCCACCCCCGCCGUUUACGCCACCAGGCGGCAGCCGCCCCACUAAUCAGGCUGCUGUUCCCGCCCGUUUCUUUGGCCUUGGAGGGACCAGCAUCAUCGUUCAGGGAGCGAUGGUGGCGAGAUUGAAUCGAACGGAGGUCGAGUCCACGGGCGGGACAGCGAAUUCGGAAGCCACUGCAGGACCUAGAAACGAAUUCGCGCCCGUGGACGGUGGCAUUGGGUCAGAGAGAAGCAGUCGAUAUGAAGCGCCAGAGACCUCGGACGCAAACACUGGCACAAACAUUCCGACUUGGGGCGAUGCCCAGGCGAGCAUGCUGACCAGGCUUCUGUCGAUUGCUGCUGCUGCAACUGCUUCCUCGCUUGUGUCCCCUCCAGCAGUGUCAGCAGUAGGCGUGAGAGCUGAGUUGGCCAACCCUCCGGGACUUCCGGCAGAUGGCCUACGAGCACAACGAAGCCAGAUGUCAGCUGGCAUAUCUGCGGGUGCCUUUCAUCCUCCUACCUCAGCAUCCGGCGGUGGCGGCGGCUCUGAAGGUGUAAUGCCAUCUUGGGUCUCACAUCAACGCGGCGAGCCCCACAAUAGCAGUAGACUGAGGCGAUCCAUCGCCUCCCUGACUUCCCGCGUCUUUGGUCGCUUCUCCUCCCAGCAAGGCCUGGAUCAGACGCGUUUGCCUGGGGACGGUGCUGCUCAGACAUCCUCCACUGCCGGCAUUACCAAUACCAGCGAUGACGAAGCGAACGAAGUAGAUUCUUCACUGGGCGCCGGCUCGAGGUCAUACCCUGCAGGUCGCGACCACAAUGGCAGUAGUACGAACAAUACCGAUGACAGCGAUGCCAGGCGUGCUCUGUCGAUGAGUGAGAUGCUUCAGGAGGCGAUGAGAGAGGGCAAUGCACCGGAUACCGCUUCCAGCACAGCGGCCAAUGGGUCGUCGGAGCCUAGGGCAGCGACGGCUGCUGGCGUCAACAAUGCCAACGCGGCACGCACUGCUACAGCUGCACCUGUUCCUCCUCAGCCCUCACCGGCAGCAUAUCUAGCAGGAGUCCUCACGGCCGCAAGAGAGAAUCGUCUGCAGCGAGGCCCCGAAGGCUCCUUCGAACGAUGGUUGUACGACUUGUCUGACGACCUUGAUCAUGCAGUUCGAACCAUGAUAACCACUCAGGUGUCGCAAGGGUCAUUGAACGCCACAGCGGUAGGUGUAGACGGAGAGGACUCCGAUCUUGCUGGUACUAAUGACUCUGAUCACAGGCACAGUGAUCAAGGUGCGCAGAGUAGACGAGCUCUUGAUGUGGAACAAGGCCAGCUCAGCUUCUUUCGUCUGUUUCGACUUGAUGGACGAGGCCCGCAGCCAUCGACGACCAACCACACAAGCACGACGGCGUCAGGCCCAGCCUCAGCGGCGUCUUCUGCCUCCGAAUUGCCUCCGAGGAAUGAACCGGGUCUGGUGCCUUGCGUUGUCGUUGGAGUCAGGUCUCUGUCCAUGACAACCCAACCGAUCACCCCGCAGCAUGCUGUAGAGCGCUUCAGAGGUCUGUUGGCCGGGACACCAACGGACUCUCCAGCAGGCCACGUACAUGAGCAGAGCACGGAACGUAAUGAUGGCACCACGACGUCCACCACCAGUGAGGACGGCUCUUCUGCCUCCAGGUCUGAUGAUCGCCCUUCGAGGGAUCAGAGCACAGCAACCAGCGCAAAUCAAAGUCAAGGUUCUCCCGCCACGGCAGACGUGGAGAGGGGCACAUCUGCAGAGCAGAACGACUCUUCACGCUUCCUCCUCUUCGUCUCGGGAGGCUUCUACCCUCCCGCGCAUCCCUUGCUCUCUACUCCUUCCAAUGUUGCAGCCCGCGACCUUAUGCUUCUGAUUGAAGUCCUCUCAAAUCUCAAUUCCGCAAACACCGCCAACGCCGCCUCGGACCAAAGCGCACGAGUGUCGAAAGAGGACUUAGAAAGGAGUGGGCCAAGCGUCAAGAAAUGGAUGGACAUCAAGGCCAGCGCUGUCGAAGUCGAUGCAAAGGAAGGCACGAAGACCGGCGAGGGCGGCAAAGGCCAGCUUGCGCCGCGGGCGGGCGAUCGUUGUGCAAUUUGUCUUGAAGAAUGGUUGGACGAAGAUGACGUUCGGAUUCUGGGCUGCCGGCACGCGUACCAUCAGGGCUGCGUCGACCAAUGGUUGUUGAGCAGCAGCAACUCUUGCCCCAUGUGUCGGCAAAUUGCAGUAGGGAAGAAUGGAAGGGACAGUUCGACCGCCACAGGGCAAGACUCCGCAGGUGCUGCAAGCACUUGAAAGAUUUGAGCAUCUAGUCAUCAUAUCCUUCUUCGUACACAAUAGACUACAUCCAGUAUGAGAUCUCUGCG